AUGCUGACGUUGUUCCUGGUGGCAGCGGUGGUCGUGCUGCUGUUUCUCCUCUACAAGGAGCUCCUAGCCUGGCCUGAAAACUUCCCGCCCGGGCCUUGCCGGCUGCCGGUGUGGGGCAGCUACUGGUGGCUGGUGCAGAGGGACCGCCGCCGCAUCCCCCAGGCGCUGCGCCGGCUGAGCGCCGACUACCGCACCUCCACGCUGGGCCUCUUCCUGGGGCCGCUCCCGGCCGUCUGCGUCACAGACGAGGCCUCCAUUCGGCAGCUGCUCUCCAGGCCUGAGUUCCAGGGCCGCCAGACCACCGUACUCUCCGAGACGCGCACCUUCAGCAGGAACCUCGAGACCUUAAUUCUGUGUAAAGGAGAAUCAGUGUUUGAUCUGGCGAGUGCAGGCGUGUCGUUGGCGAACGAGCCCGCGUGGCGGCGCCACCGGCGCUUCUCGCUGCGCCAGCUGCGGGUCCUGGGCUUCGGCAGGCGCUUCCAGCCGCUGGAGCUGGAGACGGCCGCGGAGGUCAGCGACCUGCUCGACCUGAUGGCGGGCCGCCGGCACGACCAGAGCGUGCGGAGGCCGUGCGACGGCGCCGUGCUGUUCCCCGACGCUACGUACCGCUGCUUCGCCGCCGUCACGUGGUCCAUGUUGGCCGGGUCGCGCCCCGGUCGCGCGUCCGACCGCCAGCUCCUCCUGCUGGGCCGCCGCGGCCGCCAGAACGUUCUGGCCACCGACGGCACCGGCAACGCUAUCAUGCAGACGCCCUGGAUUCGCCACCUGUCGACGGGCCAGUUUGGGCUCGCUGAUUUCGUCCAAGGACACAAUGCACUCAUCGACUACGUCAAGCAAACUUUUGAUGAACAGUUGGCUACCUACUCGGAAGACCACACGCGUCAUUUCCUUGACGUCUGCAUAAAGGAAAUGAAGAAGGACGCCGCAGACCAAGGCUUACCCUUCGACAUUGAGCAGGUGAUCGCCACGGGGACGGACCUGCUGCUCCCGUCGCUGACGGUGACCACCACCGCUCUGGCAGAAGCCGUGCGCUGCCUGGUGCUGCACCCAGAGGUGCAAACCAAGGUGCAUCUCGAGAUUGACAGCGUGGUGGGCAGAGGGAGGCUUCCCACGCUGGAUGACCGCCCAAAUCUACCAUAUUUUGAAGCUACCAUACGUGAAGCGCUCCGCAGGAAGACCGCUGUGCCUCUCAGUGUUGCCCAUGCAUCUACAGCAGAGGCAACUCUCAACGGGUACACUCUUCCAAAGGGCACAAUUCUGCUGCCAGGUCUCGAAGCUUUCCACAUGAAUCCAGAAGUGUGGGGGGAUCCAGAAAACUUCAGACCUGAGAGAUUCCUUGACGAAACAGGCAAGCUUUUGCCAGACAGGACACUGCCAUUUGGAGGAGGUCGGCGAGAAUGCUUCGGGAAGACCUAUGCUCGCAACAGUUUGUUUCUUUUCCUUGGGGGAAUGCUGCAUUCCUUUACACUGCAACAGCCACAGAGCGAAAAGCCCCUCACACUUGACGGCUUGUGUGAGUACGGAAUUGUGACUACACCAGACAGUUUCUGGAUAAAUGCGGUGCAGCGACCAGAAGUACCCAGUAAAAACUGA